UGAAUCUGUGCGACGUGUUUCUAUGGUGACAGCAAAAUCAAUGUUUGCCUGCUGACUCACUGUCAAUGUUUAAUUUCAAUCGUGCAAAGUGCAAAGUGUUAUUUUAUAUAAUUUUAUAAUGCAACGUUAAUAUAUGUUGUGGGUCACGUAGCUAGCUAUGCUAUUUGACCAACUCAGUAUAGAUUUCUCUUGGAUUGAGACGCUUGCCUUCAUUUCAGUUUAGCAGAACUGUGGCAGCGAUAGGUUCGGUUCUGUGGGGGAGCAGGUCUGUUAUAUCCUAGCUACUUGAUUUUGUGCGUAGCUAUUGUUAGCUACAAAUCGUUACGGGAUUUUUGUUACAACCCUAGUGCUAGAUUAGCUCCAGCUAGCUCCAGUUUCGUUGUGACACUGGCAGACAUGGCCAGCCCUCUUUCCCACCCCCUUAUGACACAUCAGGAAGUCAUCACGAGUAUGGUUAGCGAAUUCUCUGGCAAUAACCAUAACAAAUGUAGCCAGACUGGUGUGGUCUGCUGUGAGCCGAGGCCGAGUUUAGCUUUUUAUCUGAUAGCUAUCUAUCUAGCGACAGCCAUGUAUCUGACUGUAUUUUAACUUUGGUAAACGUUACUUGCCACGUUAGGUCACUCGGCUGUAAAAAUGGAGGACAACAAUGCACCGAAAUCCCUUUUGUUUAUGCUAACCUAUUUGCUCAUGAAACGCCGAAGAGAUCUCAACAGCGUGGAUGUUGAGAGACGGGUCGAAAUCCAGAGGCGAAUCAGGCACAGACAGAACUUUUUGCAGAGGCAGAAGAGGACCCUGAUGAUGCUCCUGGCUCAGAGCACUCAGGGUUGUUCCUGUCCAAUCCCCACACGCGUUUGGACCAACACAGAGAGCACUGAUUGGUGGGAGCGUGUGGUCAUGCGUGAGUUCCAGCCUGCGGAUUGGUUGGAGAAGUUUCGUAUGAGUAAGGAAACUUUCUUCUUUCUGUGUGGCAAGCUGAAACUCCGGCUGACCCGCCAGGACACCCGUCUGCGCCCAGCGUUGCCCCUGGAGAAGCGUGUGGCUGUGGCUCUUUGGCGCCUGGCCACCAAUGUUGAGUACCGCACCAUCAGUGAGCUGUUUGGAGUGGGCCGCUCCACAGUCUGCAAGUGUGUGAGGGAGGUCUGCCAUGCCAUUGUGGUGCUGCUGAAGCCUCUGUACCUGUGCCCGCCCAGUGAGCAGGAGCUUGAGGAUGCUGCUAGGCUCUUCCAGACACGCUGGGGCUUUCCGCACUGUGUGGGUGUUCUGGGCAGCCUUCAUGUGCCCAUCAUCGCCCCCUCAAGCAACACAGACAGCUACUGGAACUCCCAGGGCUGGCUGUCUGUGGUCAUGCAGGCUGCCGUCAAUGGCCUGGGGCACUUCUGGGACGUCUGUGCAGGUUUUCCUGGGGGCACAGAGCACGCAGCCAUCCUGCAGAAUUCCACACUCUGGGCACAGGCUUGUGAAGGUGGUCUCGCACCAAACCCCCCCAGGAACUUCAUGGGAAGGCCACUUGGGUACCUGAUGCUGGGGGACGAUGGGUACCCCUUGCGGAGCUGGCUACUCAAAUGCUACCCGGAGUCCCUGCAGAUAACCGUCCACCAGCAGACAUUCAACCGGAGGCUGAUGCGGGCACACAGUGUCCUUGAUGUGGCACUUUUGCGCUUGAGGGCACGCUGGCAGUGCCUCCACAAGCGCAAUGACUGUGGGCUGGAUGUGGUGCCCACCAUGGUGCUGGCCUGUUGCAUACUGCACAACAUGUGCGAGGUGCAUGGGGAUCUGUUUGUUGAGGAGUGGGUAGAGGCGGUGAAGCAUGGGGAGUGUCCUCAGCCCACAGACACACUGUCCCCCUCAGUGGGGGAGGAGGAGGAGGAGGAGGAGGGAGAGGAGGUGCGCGGACUCUACUGUGAGUACUUUCAGCAGCGGGAGCAAGAACAUUCCCAGCCGAACUAAGAGCUAAGAACUAAGAACUAAGAACUCAGAACUAAGAACUAACUCUCCAUUUGAGAGAACAGAGCAGCUGACCAGUCCAUUAUAGAGCUUAAAAGAAAGACAUAUUAUUUUCAGGUGAUUUCAGCUGAAAACAGCUGGUCUUUACUUCUGUAGAAACUCAGACAUUUCACCGUAUGCUACUCUAUUGUAGUUCCAUUGACAUUUUGCUAGCGUUUUAGGCCUGUGUAUUCUUGAGCUCAAAUAUCAAUAACAGCCCUUUGCCAGGUUUGAGGACUGACCUUUAAAGAAAAGAUAAAAUUGUAAAACAAUGGAACACUGAACGGGGAUGUUAUGUAUGUGAUUUCAUGCACUAUCUGAUGUGUUCUACGUAUAGCGCCACUGUAUGGUUACUGCGGAGUCUAGUAUUGGUUCAUAUAACACAUGUGCAUUGAUAUGUAAUGAGAUUCACGUCCCAUGAUGAGUGAUGAGCAGUGGUACAGGAGGUAGAGAAGUCGUUUAGUAAUCAGAAGGUUGCCAGUUCGAUUCCCUGUCGAAGCGUGUUUGAGCAAGACACUGAACUCCUGAUGUGCAGUGUGCCAUCAGUGUAAAUGUAAAAUGUGUAUACAUCCUUGUAAGUCGCUUUGGAUAAAGGCGUCUGCUAAAUGACUAAAUGUAAAUGUAAGUUCAGUAAAAGAGAGCGACAUGCUCAAGUUAACAAGCAAA